GAGAACUUUUAUCCAAAUUUCUUUUAAAAUAUACCACGAAAUAGCAUGGCAAAGCUAUCCAAACGCCACAGGAAUAAACAGAAACAAAAACAGUCGAAGGAAAAGCGAAAUUGGUUGGUUAACCGGCCUUCAAAACCGGGUAGAAAACCGAGAAACAAAAUUGCAUUGAGUGACGAGAAAAUUUUACAAAGUAGCCAUGAAACAUCGAAAUUUUUAAAGUUGAGGACAGAAUUCGAGCAAGAAUUGGGCGAAAGGGUCUCAUCUACAAGAGCUAAAAGACUUGCAAGCUGUUUGAUAAAUUCCCUAAGUAAUACGGCUUCUAGGCCAAUAAAUUUUCUUUGUACAUGUAUGUUGUUAUGCAGCAAAACCAUUCACAAAAGUUUAGAUGUGGUAAAGCGAGGUAAAAUGAACGUUCAUACAGCAGUUUCGGGUUCAAUGGCGAAUGGAUAUUCAAGGAUUAAAAAGGUAAUAUGUUUAUGUAGUCAUGUACAAAAUAUAGGGGGUAUAAUUGUAUAAAUGUACAAGAAAUAUGAAUAUUUGUGCAAUAAAAUCAUGCUGCAAAUAUUCGUACAUUUUGAUGUGAAUGUCUAAAUGAAAAUUAGCACAUUGCAUUUUUAAACCAACCUGCCCCCCAUGGAGGACAUCGGAAUUUGCAAUAGCUCCCUCCCCCCCCCCAAAAAAAAAAAAACCAAAAAAACCACCAAAAUACGAAGGAAUUUCCAUGUGAGGGUUUAAUUUUUAAGGCACAAAUCUGUGGAAAUUCCACAGGGGAGGCUAAAAAUAUGUGGAAAUUCCAAAGGGACCGGACCAAAAAAUGGAUGUCCUCCAUGGGGGAUUUAAAAAUGCAAUCUGCCAGUGGAUAUAAACAAUAGAGAACUUACGGAGGGUUGACUCAGCCAAAAAAGCAUAACUGAAAUCACGCCAUGAUUUGCAAUCACAUGAUUCAAUACCAAAAUGCACUUGCCAUGUUCCUAGCCAGUGUGCUUACAAGAGACAAUCACCCCCCUGAAUGUCCACCAUGUUGAAUAUUUUCAGAGGGGGGUGAAUGCCUCUUGUAAGCACACUGACUAGGAACGUAGCAACAGCAUUGCAAUGGUUACACCAACAUCAUAGGCAAAACCAAGAAGUUCGCCUUCUGUAAGGUUCCUAUUCUCAGUGCUCAUACAGACACAUUUUUUUUUACAUUAAGUUAUGAAUACGAGCAACAGAACUUGUCAAGAAAAACUUGUCUACCGUAUAUAUACAUGACAAGGUAAACUUGUCAAGGGAAACCUUCUCGUCUGUAUGGGGCUUAAAUAAACUUUCCCCAAACAUGACUGAAAUAAAGAAAUGUAGAGGGAAAUAAUUAAUAGAAAAAUUAUGGAUACUAGCUAAUAAAUUCAAGAUGUUUUUAGAUAGUAGGUUGUGUUGGUGAUACUGUGUUUCCGUCGAGGCCUUGUAAACGAAAAUUGGAUGAAAUGUCUGGCAGAUUGGAAGAGGUUGAACGAGAAUUGAAGAGACUGAGAACAGAAGUUACAGUAUGUAAUUAAUGUAGAUCGUUAACCAACUUUAAAUUAACUUUUUAAGUGGUACUUGCUUACUCAAUAGUGGCUGUUUGCCCGGUAAGCAAGAUCUCACUGUAGUUAUUUUUUAGUGAAAAUGUUACUGUGUGUUUAUAUGGACAAACAGGCUGGCCUGGCUGCUGAGAUCUCACUUGACUUUUAUACUUAAAGUCAUUAUAAAAUAUGUUAUUAUUACAGUCCUGCCGAUAGAAGCGUUACGAAAAAUGUUGACCAAUUUAUUUCCUAACUUGAAGGAACACCUCUGAACAAUUCCUCAACAAUUUGAUAAGUUCCUUAAAAAGUUCCUAACUUCCUGUUUCAUUGACCAAUCAGAUUGCUCAAAAAUAAAAUAUAAAAUUUGAUUGGUCAAUGAAACAGGAAGUUAGUAACUUUUUAAGGAAAUUAUCAAAUUGUUGAGGAACGUUCAGAGGUGUUCCUUCAAGUUAAGAAAUGAACUGGUCAACAUUUUUCGGAACGCUUCUAUUGGCACGACUGUAAUACUGAAUCCUUGUUUUCUCCAGAAUUUCAGUCACCAGACAUCAAACACAAUAUCUAUCCCCUGUGCUGUACCCCCCAGUGUGCCUUGCCCACCCUCAUUACCCCCACCUCCACCGCCUCCCCCACCACCGGUGUGCAAACCUCCUCCAGUUAUCACAUUCAAGAAAAAACAAAAGGUAAGAAAAUGGGCAUUAUGGUAGGCAUUGGCCAUUCCGAAGUUGAUGAGAGGACUGGGGACGAGUGUUAAAAAGUGCCCAAAUGAAUUAGAAAUGAACCAAAUCACUAAAAAGACCACCUCAGAAUUAGUAAGUAUACAAAGUUUGAAGACGUUUACAUGAAUACCAUUCGAAUAAUAACCUUUCGAAAAUUGUGAAAUUACUGAUUAAAAGAUUGUAAACAAAAAUAACAAUACAUUUCAUAGUAAAUAUCACGAUUUUCGAAAGUUUAUUAUUCAAAGGAUAUUCGUGUAAAUGUCUUCAAACUUUGUAUACUUACUAAUUCUGAGGGCACUUUUUAACACUCGUUCCCAGUCCACUCAUCAACUUUGGAAUGGCUUAACCUAUGGGCUUAACCCAUUAAGUUGCAUUGUGCCCUACUUUGAAAUUAUUACUUUACUUUGUUUAAUACCAGAUGAUUUUACUUGUCAAGGGUUAAGAGCACUGGUGCUCAAAGGGUUAAUAUUUGAAUUUCCAUAAUUUUUGGCUGCCACUAUUUAUGAUUAUUUACUAGUUUACAAAAAGUUUUUAAAAAUUUUCAACUUUUUUAUAGUCCGAGAAUGGGAAGAAAAACUCCAACAAUGGACCAACAAAAGUCGGUAUAUCCCUUGAGGAACUAACAAGUGUGAAAUUACGUAAAGUCAGCCACCACGUCGAUAAACGUGAAAAAGAAAACACACCCGACUCCCCCCUGAUAUUCGGAUUAAAGAAGCGUCGAGGGGGGAAAUUUGUGUCUCCCAGGGGGGAGGAUGAGAAUAGACAUCCAUUUAUCACUUUGAAAGAUAUUCGUAAAGUAUCCUUAAAGAGAACACAGACCAAUGGCAGUACCAUUAAGAAAAGGUAUGAUACUGUACGUUUGGCAGGGACGGAUCUAGGUGUCUAUAACAUUCCCCUGGAGAAGCCAGCACCACCCUAAAAAAAUCUGCUUGACCAUACAUUUUCUGCUUUUCGAAUAGUGAUUAGUGGAACCUCUGUUGUUAAUGCGUGUCGAUUUCUUGAAACGAUUUAAUGUGAUUUGUGAGCUCACGAGAAAAUAUUCAGAAUGCUUUAGUUAAAUAUCAUGGUUAAAUAUGUAAACAUGGUUAAAUAUCGUAUAAUGUAGACAUGUUUAUACAACCAUAUUUCCAAAUAUACAGUCCUUGAAUAAGCACAUUUACUGUACCGUGUGGUCUGUGCUACAGCAACUGUCCAGUCACGCAUACGUGAUAAAAAGUCGUUAUAAACUUUAUAACAAAAGAUAAUGUAAAACGUAACAGGACGACGAAUAUGCAGAUUCGGCCAUCUCAAAUAAUGGUAAUGUUGGGAUAGUAGCGUUGCAGACUGCAGAGGAGAGUGGGCAGUAAGGCUCCCUUAUGCACCACCCCAUGGAAAUCCUGCACCCUUCCUUGCAGAUGAGCCUAGAUCUGCCCCUGUCUCUACUCAAUGAAUGUAAGGAAUCUGGGCCUGCUGCAUUUUUGUUAUAAAUACUGGCUCUUUAAACACGAAUUGAUAAUUUCAAUUUUAUCUAAAACUCAGAAGUCCAGCUCACUCAAAGAUCGCAUUCUUACGACACAACUUAAGAAAAGUCGAGAACAAGCGAAGCCCAGGAGGAACGCCCGUAAAUGAAAAACGUCAGCAGUCGUUCGGUGAAGGAUUGACGCCAAUUAUGACCAGAGCUUUGCAGAAGAAAUUCAAGGUGAAAUAAAUUUUGCCCCGCUUAUAAACUCAGUGUGGAUUAUAAAAAUUUUCCCUUAACUAUACUGAAUCUAUUUUUUUGUUACAGUAUGCAAAUCCACCAUCUCCGGUCGACUCGUUUAAUAAUGAAACCAAGAGUUUUCUUGAGAAGGUGGGCAAACUUCUGGCUAACUGACAAUAUUUGUAGUUCCUGCCAAAAAAUCGUUAAUUGAGAAUUUUUGUUUCGCUGUGUAUAAAGGUUGUAUAAUAUAUAUUUCAAACACUCAUUUCAAUGUUUGUAAAUCGGAUAAAGAUUUGUCCUGAUUUACAUAAACUUCAGCUUUGAUUUUCUCGGCCUAGACAAUGUUUAUUUUUAAAAUUACGUCGCCAAUGAACUCAUAAGAUGAGUCGUAUUUAAAGCACGUUAAAACAUUUCGCAUCGGAUCUUUAUCUGAUAUACAAACUCUCGAGUUUGGGCGUAAAAAAAAUACCUGUGGGCUGUGGUUCCGGUUUCAUAUCGUGAAAAAAUUAGGGUCGGUAGGUUGGAAAUAAUUUUUUUUUUGAAUAUUUUUUUCAUGGUUUUGGCGGUUUUCUGCUGGGUGAUUUGCAGUAGAGUCUCGACAUCAAUAUUAACUAGAGAUGCGUAUUUCCUAUGGACGAAUUUAGGCAAUUUGGUUCAAUAAUUAGUGUGACAACAGACGCCAUUUUGGCACGCUGUAUGAGCAGCCCGCAUCCACCUGGAGAAAAUAGGGUCGCACGGUCAAUCGCGUUGAGUCGGCAGAGAAAAAUAGGGUCGGUCGGGAACCGGAACCACAGGUAUUUUUUUUUACGCCUUGUAUAUCAGAUAAAGAUCGGCUGCUCAUGUUUUAAUUAUAGUUAAGUACAGUAAGUACUUAUAGUCCAGCGGAUAUGCACAGAUAUUUGAGAAAAUCAUGCACUUUGUGAAGAAAGCACCAAAUUCACAGGAAGUGUACACUUUAACAUGAUAAUGAAUCUUAGAUAUGGAGGCAUCACCAAAAUUGAUGCUGACGGCUUAAAAUUUAGGAUUUCCCAUAUUCUCUUAUUAAUCUCUUAUACAAUUAAAAAUUGUGAAAUUGCAGGUUCACAUAUAGCAAAAAUGACAUGCGUCAUUAGAAAGCUUACAAAAAACUGCAUAUAAGACAUUUAAGCAGUUUCUUUGAUUUUCCAACUCCUCUGGAGUUAUGAGCGGUUGAAAAUACGUUUUAGGGCUAGUGUCCAGGAUUGUGGCGGGAUUUUCACCUAUUUAUCACGUUUUUAAAUAGCAAUCAGCCGUUUAAAAGUCUUAUAUGUAGUUUUUUGAAAGCUUCCUAAUCAUGCAAGUCAUUUUUGCUAUAUGUGAACCUGCAAUUUCACAAUUUUAAACAGUAAUUGAGUUUAAUAAGAGAAUAUGGGAAAUCCUAAAUUUUAAGCCGUCAGCAUCAAUUUUGGUGAUGCCUCCAUAUCUAAGAUUCAUUAUCUUGUUAAAGUCUACACUUCCUGUGAAUUGGGUGCUUUCUUCACAAAGUGCAUGAUUUUUUACUUUUCCGCUGGACUAUUAAUGGGAAAGUGCCAAAACACGAAAUUUAUUCUGGUUAAGCAUUAUUCAAUUCCAUGCAAUCUCCUCUGCCCCCAACUGCACACGUAAAAACGCGCGAGUUGUUACAGAUCCGCAAACAACGUCGCAUUGCUUGUUCCCAGUUGUUAUGGCAAGUCUGGAACAAGUUGAUAUCAUCUUGUUACAAGACUGAUGACGGUAACAGAUCCAGAUCGGCUACAAGUUGUUCCGAGAAGAUUAAUUAAUACAGGCUGUUCGUAACAAGUUGCUGCGAGCUUGUUGUCAUCAGCUUGUUAACAACUUGUUACGUGCAGACGAUAUCAGACUUGUUGGAACAACUUGUUGCGAGUCUGUUGACCUCAUCAACCUUGUUACAAGAUGAUAACAACUUGUUCCAGACUUGUCAGCAACUGAGAACAAGCGGUGCAAACACUAUGAGAAGCUGUGAGAUGUUACGUGUGUAGCAGGUGAUAUACUAAUUUUGCAUGGUUGGGGGAGGGUAUUAGAAGGGGGAUAGAGGCUGGGGGCUAUUAUUUUGGAGGAAAUACGCCAAGUUCAUUUUGUCUCAAUGAAGACACGUUUUUACCUUUUUCAGACUUUUUCACAAACCAGUCCUUGUUCACCUAUGACACGAUUGCAAGCAAUGAGGUGAGCAUGUUCAAUGGACAACUUGCAUGUUAGACUAAAUUUUAAUCUAAGUAAAGAGAAGGGAAUCAAACACCACAGCUAAAAAGAACAUAAUGAAAUUAGUAAAAUUGCAAAAUUUGGUUGCGAAAUGAUGUAAAG